CCUCUUGUUUCCCACAAUGCUCAGCGAACAUCACCACCAAGAUGGCCGACGCUAUGGAGGAAUAUGAGAAAGAAGCUGGCUGCGUCCCUAUUCUCCAUCCCGAGGAGAUCAAACCUCAGAGUCAUUACAACCAUGGCUACAGCGAGAAUGUCAGCCGCAAGAACCACGUGGACGACUACAGCACCUGGGACAUUGUCAAAGCCACACAGUACGGUAUCUUCGAGCGCUGUAGGGAGUUGGUGGAGGCGGGCUUCGAUGUUCGGCAGCCAGACAAAGAAAACGUAACGCUCCUCCACUGGGCCGCCAUCAACAACAGGAUAGACUUAGUCAAGUACUACAUAUCAAAGGGAGCCAUAGUGGACCAGCUGGGGGGAGACCUGAACUCCACACCUUUACACUGGGCCACCAGACAAGGCCAUCUAUCCAUGGUGGUGCAGCUUAUGAAAUACGGUGCAGACCCAUCUUUGAUUGAUGGCGAGGGAUGCAGCUGCGUUCAUCUUGCCGCCCAGUUUGGCCACACCUCCAUCGUGGCUUAUCUUAUUGCCAAAGGACAGGAUGUGGACAUGAUGGACCAGAACGGCAUGACUCCUCUAAUGUGGGCGGCUUACAGGACGCACAGUGUGGAUCCCACUCGGCUGCUACUGACCUUCAACGUUUCUGUCAAUCUGGGUGACAAAUAUCACAAGAACACAGCGCUGCACUGGGCGGUGCUGGCCGGUAACACCACUGUCAUCAGCUUGCUACUGGAUGCUAACGCUAACGUCGAUGCACAGAACAUCAAGGGUGAAACCCCAUUAGAUCUUGCAAAGCAGAGGAAGAAUGUUUGGAUGAUCAAUCACUUACAAGAAGCACGGCAGGCCAAAGGUUACGACAGCCCGUCCUACCUGAAAAGACUGAAGAUGGACAAGGAGUUCAGACAGAAAGUGAUGCUUGGAACGCCUUUUGUGGUCAUCUGGCUCGUCGGUUUCAUUGCAGACCUGGACAUUGACUCCUGGCUUAUCAAGGGCAUCAUGUAUGCCGGCGUCUGGGUGGCCGUGCAGUUCCUCUCCAAGGCUUUCUUCGACCACUCCAUGCACAGUGCUCUCCCUCUGGGGAUCUACCUGGCCACUAAGUUCUGGAUGUACACCACCUGGUUUUACUGGUUCUGGAACGAUCUUCCCUUUGCCACCGUCCAUGUUCCCUUCCUGAUAAACACGUUGGCUUUGUUCUACAACUUUGGAAAAUCCUGGAAGUCUGACCCGGGAAUUAUCAAAGCAUCAGAAGAGCAGAAGAAAAAGACGAUUGUGGAGCUGGCAGAGACAGGCAGCCUGGAUCUGAGCAUAUUCUGCAGCACCUGCUUGAUACGGAAGCCCAUCAGGUCCAAACACUGUGCAGUUUGCAACCGCUGCAUCGCAAAAUUCGACCACCACUGUCCCUGGGUGGGGAACUGUGUCGGAAGUGGAAAUCACCGUUACUUCAUGGGCUAUCUAUUCUUCCUGCUCUGCAUGAUCUGCUGGAUGAUGUACGGCUGCAUCUCCUACUGGAGGAUCCACUGUGCCACCAGUUACGCUAAGGACGGUUUCUGGCUCUAUCUGACCCAGAUCGCCUCCUGCUCUCCUUGGAUGUUCUGGAUGUUUCUAAACAGCGUUUUCCACUUCAUGUGGGUGGCUGUGCUCAUCAUGUGUCAGCUCUACCAGAUCGCGGCUCUUGGAAUCACCACCAACGAGAGGAUGAAUGCCCGGAGAUACAAGCACUUUAAAGUCACAGCCACAUCCAUCGAAAGCCCCUUCAACCAUGGUUGCUUCAGGAACCUCAUAGAUUUCUUCGAGAUCCGCUGCUGCGGUCUGAUGCGGCCCGUGACGGUGGACUGGACCACGCAGUACACAAUAGAGUACGACCAGACAUCUGGCUCGGGCUACCAGCUGGUGUAGAGGAAAAAGAAGAGGAGGACGGAGGGGGCAGAGGAGCGGGAGGGGAGUAGCUGUGUGGAAGGAAGUUUUAAAGGAUCCCCCUCCCCCCGCCCCCCCUCUCACAUGGCGUUCAUAUCAGAGCGAUGCUGUUCUCGGGAGCGCUUGCUUUUUUGGACCAUCUCUCCUUCACCGAUCAAAAAGACUGAAAAAAAAUCAGCCGGGACUCGCAUGCUGUUACGGGGCGACACCACACCUUCACCCCGCCUCUGACUCUGCCCCCUAACCACCAACUUUACUACUAUUACUACUACUACUACUCUACAAGUUCAGACUUCAUUACUGUACCUCCUCCACUGCUUUCUGCCCCCUCCACCUCAUCUCUUCUCCCGAGCCCUUUGGACGGUGCGAUGCUGCCAGGCACGAGCGGAGAGGAGAGAGGACGAGAGGAGUUGACGCUGCGGGGCGAGCAGCGCCUUAAGAGUGGCAGUAUCAUCCUCCCCGUUUCCUUAUAUAACCCUUAUUUAUGGUGUCCCCGUUGAUGUGCCCUGUAUGUAUUUUUGUUUCUGAUUGGUUCAGGAGCUCUGCAGCUCCUGGAAAGCUGAAGGAAGUUUUUUUUAAUCAAGAAUUUGUUUGAUCGAGAUAAGGGAAUGUCUUUUUAAGGUCUUGAUUUUGCACCGUGUUGAGUUUUGAGUCGAGCUGAUGAGGAUUUGCCAACAUUAGUUGAACUUAUCAGAGAGGAAAACAUUGGAGCUGCUGGAGGAGUCCGACUUCUCACCUGCUGAAGAGAAGCUGUAACCACAGAAGAUAAGUGAUUUUUUGGAAAGAAACAAGUACAAGAAGCAGUUGUAAUGCAGUGUAAACGCAGGAGACUCCUCCAGCGGCGGCCAGCGUAGAUGUGACAGAAAAUAUCCUACAGACAAUGUGAUACAGGUAUAUUUAUUUUAAAACUAUUUAUAGACAAAUAACUAUGUGCUAGCGCCAUCAUUUUUACAUUUCACACCAUUUUAGCUGAGUAGGUUUUUAUGAUAAAACUAUAAAACGAGUACCUGUAGCUCUUUGACGUGGAAGCCCAGAAACGUUCCCAUGGUACAGGUACAGCGAGUGUAUUUAUUAACAGCAGAGUUUAAGAAGAAGAAAGCCGGACGAGUUUACAAGAACGUUUCAUUCCAUGUGUGUUUCUCUCUAAAAGCUGUAAAGUCUUAUUUGUUUGUUGUCGUCUGCCUACAUUGCACUGAUUUUUGUUGUUUUUUUUUGGCCGUUUCUGAACACACGGGCCCGGCACACCAACUCUGUUGUUUACUGAGAGGAAGAAGAGGAAGAGAGGCCUAUCAGACAUGGCCGACUCCCAUCACUCCCUGGCUGGAUGGAUGUUUCCAUAGAGAUCUGUACAUGUAGAUGACACUUUCAGGUUUCUGACACGUGUCUACACAGGCGUCAUAUUGAAGAGGUUCAACCAUAGGUCAUAAUGAAUCCAAGUCUAUGAUGACAGGAGGUUUAUCCAUGAUUAAACAUUCAUAUCACUCUCAAGCAUGCGUUAAUUUUUAAGCUGUUGUUUGGUCACCAGUGUCACAGAAUCACUUGAGAAAGUAUGAAUCUGUUUUGCAAAACCCUCACUCCUUGCCAGCUUGAUCACUUGUCCAAAAAAUGCAAACAUUUAUGUGACAGUUUUAGAAACUUGAAGUAUUGUCUAGUGUGUAGCCUUUAACUAAUUUGAAAAGCUCACAAAUGUUAAGACAGUUUCAACCAAUUUUUUUUAACAUUAUAGUUCACACACUACACCAAUGGUUCUAAACUGGCUUAGUCUCAGGACUCAUCACCUGAGAAACCAUGACUAGAUUACUGGCAUUUUUCAACCAGCCAGAUUUAUCUGAUGUUUGCACCUCAGAUGGGACAAAACAUGACAGAACUACAAAACAGAGCAAAUCAAACAUGUUUAAAAAGCGCCUUAUGGAUUUUUUGUAGUCGCACAUUUGCAACCCACUCAGAUAGCACUAAAGCCCUAUUCGCAUGGGAUUAGUAUUACCUAGGGACCUUUGGGAAUGGCUGGUAAUCACGUCUUUUUUGUUUGUUUGUUUUUAUCCCAUGUGAAUCAGCCAUGUCUAUAGCUUGGGGAGUUAAAAUUCCAGGAAAAAUUUUGAACCAUGUUUCAGCUCACACAUAUCUCCAUAGGUAAUACUAAUACCGUGCAAAUUGGCAUUUCUGUAAUUUAGGCUGGUAUUUGUGUUUGUAUGGUCUGUGUGGCUUUUUAUGAUCAAGGAGGAACAACAGAGGCUGUAAAAAACUUUUUUAAAGUUUUGACAUAUAGCUUAUUGAUAGUGCUUUUCCACCAGUUUCAUCUUACGUUCAGAAAUGAAUUCACAAUACUUACUUAAAACUCCACUGUUCAAAUCUCAAAAGUGCACACCUCUGCUCUCUCAACUUGCACAGCCCUUGUGCUCUUCCUCCUACAGCUUCUCUUUACAAGUGCUUGAUCUUAUGUCGGUCGUAUUUAGCCGUACAGUUCGUAUCUAACACCAUUUACGUUUGGUAAUGUGUCAGUGAUCAGACUACAACAGCUGAUCUUUGCAAGGAAGGUCGUUGGUAGUGAUCCCAAAUUAAAGGAGUACAAAAUCAUAUCCACAGAAUCAACUGAAAAAAACAAAACAAAAGACAGGAGAGGUUAAUGUUCACCACAAGAUGUUUCGCUUCUCUCAAACAUUAACAGGAGGCAUGUGCAAAUUUCAAGGGAAGAUUUUGCUCUAGUUUAUUUUUGAUGGACAGCUUGCUGCAGAUCUAAAAAUGCUUAAAAUAUAUACAUACAUAUAUAACAGAAGGCCAUGUAUAGAACACAUGAAGACCUCCCCUGCAGAACAUGAUAUGCACGAAUUUGCCUUUUUUUGUAUGAACUUUAAAAAAUAAAAAGCCACUGUUUUCAUUGCUGCAGCCAUGCUGCACCUUCAUGUUUUCCCUGAGAAAUGUCAGUUCUUUUAGGUUCCAGACUACACUUAUUCUGUGCAAAUGUGUAGCUCCAAACUUAAAAAAAACUUAGGGGGUAAUUCACUAAUUUUUAGAAGUCCACAGGUAAUACUAAUCUUGUGCGAAUAGUGCUUGGGUCCCUUUUAAAUCUCUACCUACCAGUUGACAAGCACCACACUAGACUAUUCCGACCGCCACGCUACACUUGCUACUUGUCGGAGCAAAUUUAUUAUGCAAAUUCUAAACACCUGGCAUGAUCAAACGCUAGGGGAUAAAACAAAUGUGGAGACAGUCAAGGGAAAAACAAAAAAUUUGUUCUCAUAGUAUGUGGUGUGCAAUGAGAUGGCCAACACAGAAUACCGAACAUUGGCAGAUUGAGUCACCAACAACCAGACUCUUCACAUUCAAACUUCAAAACUUGUGCAAUCCAACGGCAGUUUUGAGUAAACCAUCUCUUGUCAGUUGUGUUGUCAUAGUACAUGUUGCAUAAUCACUCAUGUUGCAUCACAAAUCAAGAAGUUGCUCCUCCAUUUCUUACAUUAUCUAACUUUAUGCUUAUCAUGGCUGUGUUUGUUUUGCUUCCUCCUUCAGUCAGUUUGCUUCUUGAUUGGCUAUGGCUAGGCUGUCCUCAGUAAGUAUAAUCUAAUUGAAACCGCACAAGCAAGGAUUAUUUGGACAAAAGUGGGUUACGACAUGCCUCAAACGAUCAGGCCCAACUCCUUAUCAAUUUAGAUGUGGAUUCUUCCUCUAUCUUAUCUGUUUUGUAGAGACAUUAACAUAACUUUAACCAUACAGAAAUUUUGCGAAUAUUUUUGUGCAAUUAAGUCAGUGUGCAUAAGCUUUGGUUAAAGAAGGGAGUAAAGAACUGUAGGGUAUUUUCUUGUAAUUUUAAGAUAAUAAAUAGCAAAACAGAACAGUAUUUGGUUAGCCUUUGUAAUAACCUUAUGAAAUAAAAAUAUUACUAUUUACUCUAUUGAGAAUCCCCAAACUAAUCAAAGAUGAAGCAUUUUAGGAUGAAACCUGCAUUUUUUUUUAAGUGACAAACAUUUCAGAAAUGGGGCGUCUUUCAGCUAAUAGGGAAUAUUUUACUCAAGGAUAAACCUCCUGCUGUUGUUGACUUUGUCAUUUUGAGCUGCAGUUAUACCUCUCCAAUAUGGCGUUCAGUAGCGGCCCAUGCAGCAUCUACAUCUACACAUCUGUGGACAUCCCCCAUGUGCAGUCGGCUCUACAUUAGCAUUAGCAGCAGGAUGGACUGAAGUGUAAAGAAUGUGCAUCUGUACAUAAAUGAUAUAUUUCUCUGUACUUUUUCUUUUCGUCAGUGUUAGUCCGAGGUGCUCCCUCCUUGAAAAAAACGUUAUUUUUGUUUGUUUUUUUAAGUUUGGGGGUUUUCUUCAAGAGGAAAACCAAGUUAAUAUACUCCAAGUGUAUGACUGUAGCUUCUAGUGAUGUCCGACACUGCUGUCUAUAGGCAUUUUAACCCUUAAACCUCCCUCCCCCCCGCCAGGAAACUCCACUGCAUGUACGAUGCUUGGACAGCUGGGCUCUCGCUGUAUAUCCCCCUCAAAACCCGUUUUCAUCAACAUGGUGACAGCCCGGCAAGCCACGUGUCUGUAUAUAGUGAAUGUUAAGUAUUUGCAAGUACUUUUCGGUUCAUUUGUCUGUUUUUUUUUAAUAAGUUCUUUUCUCAAAUCCAGUGUGUUUAGUGGAAGUUUUUCUUUCAGGGUG